AUGGGAGACAACAACACCACGGAUUGGAGCAUUGGAAUCAAGUUUGUCCAGUUCCAGAAGAAUUCCAGCUUGCAUGCAGGUAUUCGCAGAUCACCCUAUGCAGCCAUGUAUGGAUGUGAGGCCAAAGUGGGCCUGACAUCGUCCUUGCUGUCUGACGAGGUAAUUCAAAGGAUGCAGUGUGAGGAUGGUCUGUUAGCUGUACUCACCACCGGUCAAAACGGAGAGGAACUAGGUCCUGUUCCCAGUGCUGAAUUAGCCGAAGUUCACUUUGAUAUGGAAUGUGCAUCGCCCGAAAACGAUUUGAGCCGUAAAGAAAAUAUCAUUGCCCAGAGAAAAGGUGCCCGAACGAGACAACUUGCCCAGGCUGAACGCAUGGUCAAACGGAGUCGAAUUGACCUUGCAGCCGUCGAACCACUUGAUAAUGCUGCUGUCCCUAUUCCACUGGUAGAUAAGGGGCGAGGUGAUCCUAAGAACAUUCUCGGUGUCGUCUUGGAACGUGACCAAAAUGACAUGUACACCAUUGGAGUUAAUGCAGGAGUUCUGAAGGCCAAGAUGUAA